GUGUUACUGAGCAAAUGGGGCGUUCUGCGCCCUGCAUGUGUAUGUUUAAUGCUUUACAGUAUUCAGACGGAAGGUUCUCUUAAUUAAAUCCUACGUUUAAUUUUGUUGCUAGAGAAUGUAUCAUAAAAAUGUAUGGCAUUGGUCGCUUAGGGCUAUUUUCAUAUAUAAAACGACUUAGAAUUCUUUUAAAAAAUAGAUCUGUGUUAUCAUGGAGGUAGUCUAAGUGCUUUAAUGCACGCUUUUAAUAAAAAUAAGUCUUUUUUUUUUUUUCUUUUUUUCAAUUAAGAAGACUGAUGGUAUUCCAUAGGGAUUGCUGGUGUUCUAUUCUGCAUUGUUACUACAAUGCCAGGCUGUGGUCAAGGCCCUUUUUCCUGCAGAUCCUUAUGUAAGUGGCCAAUUUGAUCAGGAAUUAAACACGGCGAUGAAUUUUGCUGUCUCCAUGAGUGUUUGGAGGUCUGGGCACAGAGGAAUACGUGCUUUCAUUGAGCUCUUUAGCCCUUCCUCUGCUAUUAUCUGCGGUGCCAUGUUUCCUUGCUUUGUUGCUUGCAGGCCUUGAAGCUUGGAGCGAGGUAAUGCAGAUGCUACUCAAUCCUUGGGAUGUACAGAAAGAUUUUUAGAUAAAUGGCUGUCAAUUCUGUGAAAUAAGAAGAUGUGCAGCAUAAAUCUAUAGGAUGAUUGUAUAUUGUAUGAGAAAUUGUACUAGCAUCUUCUUGGGCACUGUCAAAAAUAACUACUUUGAUAUAGUGAUUAUACAUCAGGGUGCUUUGCUUGCUGUAUUACAGUAAGACCAUCAAUCAAUUGGAGUACAUAUCGGAGUCUUUUAUGUGUCAGAUAAGGCCUGUGGCCCAGAGCCUUAGAAAAGCAGACCUUGGUUUCAGUAGAGCACUGCAUAAUGCACUUGCCUUCUGUAGAUGCCUGCAAUGUUAAUUAGACAAUUUUUUGUCUGUGCAUUAGGAAAACAGUUACUUUUAAUCAAUAUUUUGCAUAACUUCAUACUGUAAGUGUUAAAAAUUCUGAAUGUAAUUAUUUUCAUGAGCAGUGAAAUAACUGUAUAUUCUGUAAUAAACGUGAGCUCUAAAAACCUGGUAUGUGGUCUUUGCUCUUCUCCACUCCCUACGUUGACACUCCUCAUUCAUUUUGGUGGAAAGGCUUCAUGUGAAUUUCAGAUACAGAGAGCACUGCGUCUGUGUGAUUAGCUGUCAUUUUGAAACAAUGCAUAUUUAAGAAGAAUGAUAGAUAAAUAAACGUGGUGUAUUUGAAUCACCGAUUUUUAAUACAAAAUCAGUUAUUUUGAUUAGUUUAAUAUGUUAGUCUAGCACUUUCCUAGUCAUGAGGCCUAAAGCUGUGACUGAUUAUUACAUGGUUGUGUCAGCAGGACAGUUAACUGCUUAACAGAGACAUCCAACCAAUGUUAAAUGGGCAGUAUAUGGCAUAGCAUACAAAUGUGGGAAGCAGAUGAGAUAGGUUUACGUGGAGAUUUAAGUUCUGCCAUAGAGAUUCACACUUCCUGAUUUAGCGAUGCGCAGUGUCUUUCUAUUCUUUAUAAAUCUUUCUUAAAAAAAAAAAAAAAAAAGACUUGCAUGGAUUUUUUGGUACCAAAGCAGGCCUUGAUUGUUGGGUGCAGGCUAUGAGCUUAGUAUGUGAGAAGUGUACGCUUUGCUGAUGCAAUUUGAUCACAUGUGAUAAAAGCAUAUUGCUUGUCACAUCCAUUUUUUUUGACAGCAGUGUAUACUUUGAGCACGUGCUUGACAGGAGUGAAUAGGAAAGUUUGGUUUAUCUUCUUUUUGUUGUCUUUUUUUUUUUUUCCCCCCAAAAUUAAGGUCUGUGGUAUUUUGAAGUAUUUUCACACACAUUUUCCAAAUCUGUUGUUGUAAAGACAGUGAUUGGAACUGAUUUUUGACACUUCUAAUAUAUUUUACUUUGUUCUUCAUCUGUCCCAUUCCCGCAGUAGCAAUUCAGAAUCCUUGUGGACUUUCAAAUCUUAUUUCAGUGUUAUCUUUGUUUUGCUCUGUGUGCCCUGGAUUUGGUUGUAACUUGAAGAAUACAGUAUGUAUCAUUUCAUUAAAUCUUCUGGAGCAUGUCUGUGCUAAUACUUUUAAUUACCUCAAAAAUUCUUCUGGGUAUUCCUCAGGCCUCUCCCCCUCAACCAUUCUUGCUGAUAUGAAGUGAACGGAUGUUGGAUCAUUACACCACCUUUCUGUGUGUAUGUUGUUGGUUUCAUUUCUCUGAAGUAACCAGGAAAGGCAAAUAAAUUUCAGUCUAGUAAAAAAGGCAAAUUAAUUUCAGUUCAGUAAAAGACAUUUUACAGUAUACGUUGGUUUAGCCAAAACAGCGAUAAAAUUGAAUGCUUUGUAUCCAGUCAUUUCUGAGUACUGAAUAGUUAAUAAGAAAAGAUAGGUGGACAAAACUGUGGAGACAACAGGGGAUGUCAUUUCAGCAGCUGCUGGUUAUUUUGUUCUUUUUUUUUACCACAUACUUGGUGUGGAUGAGAUGAAGUUAAAAUUUUUCAGUGCAGUGUGUCUGAUGUGGUGUUUUGAAGUUGUGGCUAACGCAGCACUGAUGAUACGCCAGUGUUUUGGCUGUUGUUGAACAGCGUUUGCAUAACGUUGAGGCUUGCCCUUUUUCUCCUUGCAGCCCUCCCCCACCUCACAGAGAGUAAGUUAGGAGUGAGCUAGAAGGCGCAGUGCUGCGACAGCUGGCUAGGAUCGGUCAGAGGGGCGGUCCAUACUGUACCACGUCAUGCUCUGCAGUAACAACUGGAAGGGAAGGAUAGAGAAGGGGAGAGGGGGCUUGGCUUCCAAGAUGGUUGGUGCUCGUAGACAGACUGGGCAUCGAUCUGCUUGUGGGAGGCUUGCUGCAAGUUGAUUGAAUAAAAUUAAGAACGUGGACUAUAAUAUGGAUGCAAUUCCUUGAUCACCAUUUCUUCCAAAGAGCAUUUUGCGGAUUGGUGGACUGAGCGAGUAAUUGUUAAGCUGCAUGCACCAGACUAACAUCAGGAAAACAUUCUGUUGCUGCUGUUUGACAAAGCUGGUGCAGAUUUGCAUCUUCUGAAAUGCAGUUGAAAAAAAUGAGGGAAAUUCUACCAAGAUUGUACCCUGGCCAAGUUAAUGGUAAAAAUAAUUCCUUAACUACAUCCCCAAAGCAAUCGUUUGAAGAUAAAACAAAUCCAUCAAAUGGUGAUGAUAAUCAGAACUACUGUUACCAGGGGACUGAGGCUGAGAAUAGUAAGCUCUCAUUGAUAAGCUGUAUGAAAUGCAGAACUAUUCAGAAAAUUUCAAAGCAAGAUUUAGAAAAGCAUAAGAAAGUUGGGUGGACUGAAGACAAAAACUUCAUCUGCAAGAUGUGCAGUCAUAUUACACCGCCUGCUUUCCAUUUUGUCCCUGAAGGUGCCAAUGCCGUGGACUUCGAAAAACAUGAUAAAACUUACCCAAGGAAAAAACAGAAAGCAUUUAAAGUUAAAAACUUCUUGCCCGGUAAAUACUACUGUGAUAAAUGUAGAUUUUCAACAAAGGAUCCUUUGCAGUAUAAAAAGCAUGUAAGUCAACAUGAAGAAAUUAAAUUUAUUUGUUCCUAUUGUAAUUAUAUAUCCUACACCAAAGGUGAAUUCCAGAGACAUUUGGUGAAGCACACUGGAACUUUUCCGUAUCAGUGUGAAUACUGUGAAUAUGGUGCUGUUAGGCAUGAUUAUAUAGUGAAACAUACAAGAAGAGUGCAUGAAGCGCCCAAAAAACGGCUGUCAAAUACUGGCUUAAAACGUCAGCAAAAGAAGUCUUGCUUACCAAGUCAAAGCACUUUAUUUGAAAAGCAGAAAUAUGAAGAAAUUACUUUUCAGAAUGAACUUUCAAAUUCGUCUUCAAAUAUCACUUGUGAGAUUCCAGAUAAAGUGACUAAAAUAAUCUCUUCAUCUCAUGAUAUAGGUAGCAUCAAUACAGCUUCAAUGCAGAAUAAAACAAUAUUGGAGCCAUCUGAAAUAAGCAUGUGUGAGAAUCAGAGUGUGGAAGUUGAGGUUUAUUCUCCAAAAAUGGAGCCUUUACAACCUGGAAUGCCUUUAACUGUAAUUGCACCAUCUGAACUUGUAGUUCCUUCUAACUGUUUAGCUCAGAUAGUAGAAAUUAAAAUAGUGAAUGGAGCUCAACAGCUGGUUCUUAAACUGAUUCCUAUGAAAGAAGCAGCUUGCAGGCCUGUGAACUGUGCUGAACUGGGACUUGAGAAUCAAGGUACAGAGAGAAGUGCAGAAGGAAAAAAAACAUCUGUAUCUUCGAAUGAAUUACUAACCAUGGAAGUGAAUGUAGACAAGUUAUCCAGUAUUAAUAAUCAGCUUAAUUUAGACAGUAAGUAUGACAAGAAUUCUGAAUGCCUUUAUUCAUCCGAUUCUCAGUACUCAGACUGCAACUCUGCAUCAAUUCAGAAAGAGGAUUCAUCAAAAUUAUGCCUUCAUUUGGUGAAAGGUAUUGAUGUGCAUUCAGGUGUUAUAGAACUUUGUUCUCAGUCUUUGGUGACUAAUAGUACUGAAAAAAAAAGUGGUCUUAACUCACCCAAGUGGGAAGUGGAUGGAAAAAAUAACUUGCGUUACGAUUUGUAUUGUUACGAAGAAGGUGUGGAUAGAUCUCGUCAAAAGUAUGCCGCUGUUUCUGAAGAUAAAAGUUCCAAGAACAAUUCAGUAAAGACUACUCAGGAGGGGAAAAAUUUCUACUCUUCUGCUGUCCUUAAACAAAAAGAUAUGUUUCCGGUAAAGAGGGAUGACAAAGAAUGUAGGAGUCUGAUAGUCAACUCUGCAGAAACGCAUUUAGCUGCUAAGGGUUUUGAUAGAAAAUCUGUUAUAUGUUCUGAAGCAGAAAAAAACUUUCAUGUUACUAAAACUUCACCUUGGGAGGACAUGACUUUCAGCUUUAGUAAAGUGAAGAAAGCCGAGACUGUAAAUCAAAAAAAUAAUCUUCUUCUGGAAUCACUAGAAUUGCAGAAAAUGGAGAAUAAGAACAAUCCUUUUGAGGGACCUGUUAUUUCAUCUGUAUUUUCUCUUAGCUCUGGGACUGAAAAUGUUCCAGAGGGCAUCAGAUGGGAUGAUACAACACGCAAUAAGAAGUCAACAACGUUGCUGUGUAGAAAAAUUGCUCAGCUUAUGUCUGCUGCUGAAUCUAACAUGAAAUCUAUGCCAUUGAGAUGCCAAGCUUCUAGUAAAAAGAUGCAUUUCCCUCAGGAAAAUUCAGCAAGCUGUGAGAGAGUUGCUUCUGCCACUGAAUUGGAACAAGCUAUGUCUUUCCCUCAAGUGCACGGUAGAAAUAAUGUAACUGGUAGUGAUGAACACAGUAAUGAGCAGCUACUUACAUUUGCAAGAACAUCUAAAAGCAGGAUGACUAAAAAUUCCAAUGUUGCUUCUCCAGUGUUUAUCCCCAAAGGGACAAUGCUGAGAGUGCUCAAUGCUACUAGCAGUCAAAACUCCAGAGGAAUAGAAAAAAUGAGCGAAGCUUCAGCUCCUUCUGCGUAUUGCAAUGAGAUGCUUCUGCCUCGUCCAGUUCCUGUCAGUGUUUCUGAGAAACUUAGCAGUAAUUUGCCGUGUUUGCCUAAUCGGAGUGAUCCAAAUACUCAGUCCCGAAAUAUAUCGCUCAGGCAAAGACCAAAGCGAGAGAUGAAUGCUAAAACUAGUAGCAAGCAAACUGUUAUAUCAUAUCAGAAAAAUGGCGAUGUAAGCAAGCAAAGCAAACACUAUUCAAAAAGUCAGCAAGGACACAAAAAUAAGGUAAAACAAGCAGGUUUUAGGGAACUUCCAAAGAGAAAAACAAGAACACAGUCAGAAACCAGUUCAGGUUCUGACAUGUCGUAUCUAUUGACAGCAAGACGUCUUCGGCUUGUCCCUCUGAGAAUGAAUCAGCUGAUUAAAUGCCCUCGUCGUAACCAGCCAGUUGUGGUGCUAAACCAUCCUGAUGUUGAUACCCCAGAGAUAAUUAAUGUAAUGAAGACUAUCAACAAAUAUAAAGGUCAUGUCCUGAAAGUAGUUCUCUCAGAAAGGACAAGUAGUUGUCUUGGUGUCAAACGUUACCGAAAGCGUCUUACUCUUCAGAAUGCUGAGACAGGAAGCCAAGCAAAAAAGCAGAGUAUGCUAAAAAUGAAACUGAAAAAGACCCAUAAAAACAACUACCAGGUGGUGGAAGCCUCACCAGCUGAAGCACUUCAGUGUGUGUUUAAGUGCUGGUUUUGUGGAAGAGUAUAUGCGGACCAAGAAGAGUGGAUAAGUCAUGGACAGAGGCACUUGAUAGAGGCAACCAAGGGUUGGGAUGUUCUUUCGCUUCCAGUAACAAAGCAUUAAUUGAGAGACUAGUUUUGUCUAUUUGUUUUUACUCUUAAUUUCAAUGAGUGCCGUUAAUUUCCUUGGAAAACAAGAUAGGAAAAACUGCUUUACUUUGCAAGAGAAUCUGUACUGUUAGAAAGCAGAAAGGAGAGCAGAGCUGUUGAGUUAUUGAGAAGCUUACGCUGAGAACUAAGCACUACUUUGCACUCCCAUGUUUGAAACUUUUAUUGGAGGUCAGCUUCAUCUUUUCCGUAAGACAAAUUUGAAAAGAAUUUGCUAUGCAAACAUUUUUCUUGUUGCCAUUAUCUGUUCUAGGAUUCUGUGCUGUACCUGGUUUCUGCUGGGUCUGUACAAAUAAAAUCCUAGACUAUGAUAUCUGUCUAACAUGGUUUAAUUUGUUUUAUUACAGCAUAGUAUUUCAGAGAUUAGGCAUACAUGUAAUGAACAGCACCUUCAAAUCCUCUGUGGGCUGCAAGUGUAUAUCACAGGUUUUAGUGGCAAUUCAGGCACAAAAUAUAGGAAGUAAUACUUAAAUUCAAGCACUCAUUUUCAGUGGAAGAAAACCACUGACUUUAAAGGAAUAAAAGGCUGUAAAUGAGAAAUCUGUGAGAUGAGAGUUACUCCCACUAGGUAAAAUAGCACUAAAAUGCUUAAUUUUUUCUAGUAUUUAGUUUUUACCUAGCUUGUGUUGCAUAGAUGUGAGAAAAAAGAGCACAACCAUGCCAGCCUUUUGAACUGCUUUUGCUGAGCAGUCAGGGUUGGUUGGAGGACACAUUAAACUUGGACUGAGACUUGGACCACACUUUUCUGUGUGGUCUCAGACUUCAGAACUCUAAUGCUGGAUUGUAAGGUUGAACCGGAACUACUGUUUCGAAACACUGGUAGUUCCUAGCUCUUCAUUUUCACUGUUGGUGCAUUUUUGUAAACAGUUUAACUAAGCUGGGAAUAUUUUUCUAUAUACUCUGGUGAAUUAUUCAUUGUUUUGAUAAAGUAUGUAUGGUAUCUGUAUUGAAAUGUAAAUAUUUUAAGACUUCAAAGUACAACAAAGCUAAACAGUUAAAAGGUUGCUUUCCAAUAAUUUUGCAAUACUGUUAAAAUUGUUCAGAGACUUGGUGCUUUAAGUGAGACCUUCUUCAUCAGACAUUGGAAAAUUUUAUAUCAUUUGUAUCAUAGGCUAAUGUAUUCCACAGAACAAACUUCCUUUUCUCUGUUUUGUCAGUAAUAAUGAAAGGACAGUUCUCAUUUUUGUAUUCAAAUGGAAUUAUAUUUUUUUAGAUGGGUACACUAGAGGGUUUUUUCACUUCAUGUACUUUUAUGCCAAACCUAACAGUACUAUUUACAUUUUUUAUUCUGAAAAUAGUUUCCAUUUUAAAACUCUGGCAUAUCACAUACAAUAAAUAUUAGAACUGUUAACGUAAGAAAAAUAUGGCUAAAAUCCCUCCUUUGUUAAACUCUUUCAGUCCAGGUUACUGUCCGUAUUAAUUUUGUUUUUGUAGAAGCUACAAAAUAAAUGGCUUUGAAUUUGCUUCUUAAGA